AUGCAAGAUAGAAGAGCACAAAGAUCAGACGAUCGAAUCCAACAAAACAAUGCAGAUGUACGUGUGGGCAUGGCGCAGUUACAUGAAUCACAAUCUCAAGAGGCACGAGAUGAACGAAAUGAACAAAGACGAUUAGAACGAAGAGAAAUGCGCAGAUUUGUAGUCAACAGACGUAGAGAAAUUGACCAACAACGCCAACAAGUACUUCGAGCAUUUACAUCAGAUGCAUUCCUUCGACUAGCAUCCCAGUAUGAGCCCGAAGUUGAAUAUUAUGCUCAUUUCAAAGUAGUCAUUGGUACUUUGGACAAGGAAUGA